CAGGCUCCCCUCGGAACAGAGGCCAGAGCAUGGCUCGCCGGUGCCUGACAGCAUGAGGCUCGCCCAAGCCGAGGACAUGGUAUCUGCAACCCCUACUGAGGGGGGCAGGCUGUCUCGGCCACUAGCAGAUGGAGCCAGCAAGAGCCCACUAGGGGUCUUCACCACCCCAGAGCCACUUCUUCGACUGCAGAGGACACAGAGGGUGUGGCAGGUCCCAGAGCUGGAUGCCCAGCAUGCCAAGGCCUUUCUUGAGCUGUGGCCACUGGGGAGCUUCCUGGUCAUAGGGCAGGAUCCUAGCCCGGUCCUGAUGCUGAAGACGGGACCCUCAUCAGGAGACGUCAACACCUAUCAAAUUCACAAGUUUCCUGGAGGUGUGUCCCUGGAAUCCUCCAACCUCUGCAUGCCAGACUGCCCCCAUCUCCUGGCCUUCCUGUCAGCCAGCAGGGACGUCUUGCCAAGGACACUGCUCUUGCCCACUCCAACGAUGGGUCCUGGAGACAAGGACGCAGAUCCUCUGCGACUUGGCUGCAUCCAGGUCAACACCUCGGGGAGGGUACUGUCUGUGGUGAACCAGCUCUACCUGGAGACGCACGGAGGCUGGGGGGACGUGCAGGCUCCGCAGCAAACAGAGCCAGCGGCUGCCCAGAAAUUCAGCCUAGCCCCUAGGAAGCCCACCCCACAUCGGGUCUCCUGGGUGGAGGACCCCCUGAGACCGGAAGUGCAUCAUGCUGGACCAGACUCUCUUCACCUUGGCCGGGAAGCGCACCAUCCUGGGCCUGCUCUAGCUGGUGUGGUGGAAGAGGAGGAGGAUUCGAACAACGCUAAUUGCAGAGACGAGGAGGAAAGCCGCGAAGACCUGCUCACUGCCCACAUCCGUGCUCUGGCCAGGGCCCGGAGCAGCUAUGUGGCCAGGCAGUACCGAUGCCUUCGGGCGCGCCUCACCUCAAAUUCUGGAAAUCCCUACAGGCCCGGGGAUCCGGCCACCGAGCUGCUUCAGGAUGUGCGCCAGCUCCUCACGGAUCUCCAGAAUUACCUGGCGAAGGACCCCGACGUCAGAGCAGUCUUUGGGAACAGGGAACCUAGGGUCCCUCGGGACGAGGAUCUUGGCCCCGCGGUGGAGGUGGCCCUGUGUCGGGCAGUUCUGGAACCCCUGAAGCCCGCCCUGUGGACCAAACUCCGAACUCUCAGAGCCCAGGAGCUGCGGCUACUGCGCAGGCGCCAAAUCGCCUUGCGGGUUGGGGCGGGGCCCGAGGGACAGAGCCCCGCCCCAGCCCUGCGGAGCCGCAUCCACGCGCGUCUCGCGCACCUGCACGCCGCGUGCGCCCCGCGCCGCAAGGUGGCGCUGCUGCUGGCAGUGUGCAGCGACGUCUACGCGGGCCUGGCCCGUGGCGAGAAUCAAGAACCCCUAGGGGCCGACGCCUUUUUGCCAGCCCUGACGGAGGAGCUGAUCUGGAGCCCGCACAUUGGGGAGACACAGCUGGAUGUGGAGUUUCUUAUGGAGCUCUUGGAUCCAGAGGAGCUGCGGGGAGAAGCUGGGUAUUAUCUUACCACGUGGUUUGGGGCCCUCUACCACAUUGCUCACGACCAGCCCGAUGCUGGUCGUGCACCCCAGGGUCUCAGCUCCGAGGCCCGGGCCUCCCUGCGCCAGUGGCACCGAAGGCGGACACUGCACCAGCAAGCCCAGCCUACAGCCCAGGCUGACCUGCCCUUUGAGGAGCCAUGGGCAAUAGGGGACCAGUGAUGGUUAGCGUCCUCAAACCCCAGUCACUUCUGAGCCUUUCGGCGCACUCCUCUGAUAAGCUAUAUGCUAGCGGCAUCUGGAACAGUGUGGAGGGUGGGCAGGAAGAGGGACACGCCUUCUGCACUGGCUGUCCCUACUUAAUGUCAGCCCUUCUCCUCCCUCCCUUCCAACCCCGCCUGGCCUGGCCAGAUGUUACCUCAAUAAGGCCCUCCCCCAGCAAACACAACCCCCAACCAGUACUGAAACCAAACCCUCUCACAGAAUAAAGGCACAGUCCCCCAAA